CCCGGUUCCUCCUCUUAUUCACUUUUCGAUGGAAUAGAAAAAGUGCUUAUCACCUCCACCAGUUCGACCAUAGGAGUUCAGCCUGGAUGAGCAUUCAGCAAUCAAUCAAUCCACAGAAAUCAGCUAUACACAAUGUUUGAACCAUUAGCACUCCCUCCUGGGCUGAGUGCCAAGGUAUUCAAUAUCUUUUUGGACAAGGUACUCUCGGUCGUUGGUGCGGGGAACGUCGAUGUGAUCACGACGAAGGAACAAUUAGAUCCGGGGUCAUAUAUGAAUCCUCAAUAUUCUGUUGACCCUCAUCCUGUUCUGGCCCCUGACACCUUCCUCGCCUCAGCUAUCGUCGCACCCCGAGAUGUGGCAGAUGUUCAAGCGAUUGUACGCCUCGCCAAUGAAUUUCGAGUCCCACUGUGGCCGGUUUCGAUUGGUCGAAACUCGGGAUAUGGGGGUGCUGCCCCUCGGGUUCGGGGAUCUGUCGUCCUCAACAUGGGGAAGAAUAUGAAUCGGAUCCUGGAGGUCAAUGUUGCUGGGGCCUACUGUAUUGUGGAGCCAGGUGUCACUUUCCAUGACCUGCAUAACUACCUCGUUCAGCACAAUCUGCGUGAGAAAGUAUGGAUUGAUGUCCCCGAUCUCGGUGGGGGGUCGAUCCUAGGAAACAUGCUGGAGCGGGGAGUUGGAUAUACCCCGUAUGGAGAUCACUACAUGAUGCACUCAGGGAUGGAGGUGGUAAUGCCAACCGGAGAACUGGUGCGCACGGGCAUGGGUGCCCUGCCGCACCCCGAGAGCCGUGGCGGUUCUGAGUCCAAGAAGCCCGAAACCCGGCCCUGGAAUCCGACCGCCGCCCUGUUCCCCUACGGGUUUGGUCCCUAUUUGGAUGGCCUGUUCACGCAGUCUAACCUGGGUGUGGUCACCAAGAUUGGGAUGUGGCUCAUGCCCAAUCCCGGCGGGUAUCAGUCCUAUCUGAUCACCCUGCCCAGGGACGAGGAUCUGCACCGCGCGGUCGAUAUCAUCCGGCCCUUGCGCCUCACCAUGACCCUCCAGAACGUGCCCACCAUCCGCCACAUUCUGCUUGAUGCUGCCGUUCUGGCCCCUCGAACCGUGUAUACUGACAUCGAUGGUCCGCUGUCCGACGAGGCGCUGGAUGCGAUUGCGAAGAAGCUGAAUUUGGGCCGGUGGAACUUUUACGGGGCGCUCUACGGACCUGAACCGAUUCGCCAGACUCUCUGGGCAGCCAUCAAAGCGGCCUUCUCCACAAUACCCGGAGCCGGAUUCUAUUUCCCGGAGGAGACCCCGGAGAACUCGGUGCUGCGCAUCCGUCACUUAACGAUGCAGGGGAUUCCCACCUACGAGGAACUCAAGUGGGUGAAUUGGGUACCGAACGGAGCCCAUCUGUUUUUCUCCCCGAUUGCCAAAGUGACCGGGGACGACGCUAUGGCGCAAUAUCUCCUGACCAAGCAGCGGUGUCAAGAGGUCGGCCUGGACUUUCUAGGUACCUUUACCGUUGGGAUGCGAGAGAUGCACCACAUUGUGUGCAUUGUGUACGAUAGAACCUCGCCGGUGGAGCGGAACAAAGCGCUCACUUUGAUCAAAAGACUGAUUGCCGACUGUGCGGAUCGCGGUUGGGGAGAGUACCGGACCCAUCUGGCGGUCAUGGACCAGGUGAUGGGGACCUACAACUGGAACAAUGGCAGUCUACUGAAGGUUCACGAGGUCAUCAAACAGGCGCUGGAUCCGAAGGGGAUCCUCGCCCCAGGCAAGUCAGGUGUGUGGCCGGCGCAAUAUCUCAAGGAGCGGGAGGCAAAGUUGUAAGGAGAGAUGGUUUCAUUGAUGGGCUGUGGAUUGUCGAGCAGUAGCUGGG